GCAGAGGAACUGAAGAGGUGGAUGAGAGGGAGAGGUGGAGAGGAGAGAGGAGGUGGGGUUUUCUCUUUGGUAUAAAAGCCUUCCGUGUAAGUCUCCGUAGUGCAGCUCGACAGAAGCUGGCAACCCUUGCAGCCUGUGCCUAUUGUGGGACAUAUGCCUGGAUCAGCCUGCACAAAGGAUAUUCAGAAGAAUAUCAACUGUUCCACCUCUGCUGCACUGCCCACCUGCCCUCCUGCUGCCACCUUCACUGAACUCCAGCCACUGAUGGCGCACCCUGACCCGCCGUCUGAGCAUGACAAGUCCCAGGAGGACACGAAGGAGAAGGACCCAGUGCAGUCUGCAGGACCCACAGCCCUGCAAAAGGCCAGGGCCCGCUUCCUCAAAGGAGUCUCCUACUUUGCUGGAGACAUGCCAGUGUUUGCCAAAUGGAUGGAAAAACAGUUCAUCUUGUUGCAGCUGCUGGACUGGGUUUUGCGUGGAGCUGCCCAAGUGAUGUUUGUCAAUAACCCUCUGAGUGGCCUCAUCAUUUUUGCUGGCCUCAUCCUGCAGAACUACUGGUGGGCACUCAAUGGCUUUGUGGGCACACUUUUUGCCACCAUUUCUGCUCUCAUCCUGCAACAGAACAGAGGCGCAAUAGCUGCAGGACUGUAUGGUUACAACGGCAUCCUGGUGGGUCUGCUGAUGGCUGUGUUUUCUAAUGCAGGAGACUGGUACUGGUGGCUCCUGCUACCCAACAUCUUCAUGUCCAUGAUGUGCCCAAUUGUGUCCAGUGCCUUGGCAUCCAUUAACAGUCGCUGGGAUCUGCCAGUGUUUACCCUGCCCUUCAACAUCCUGGUGUGUCUCCACAUGGUUGCCACCGGCCACUACAACCACCACUUCCCCCAAGUCCUCAUUCAGCCUCGCUCAGAGCUGCCAAACAUCACCUGGGCUGAAAUCGAUGUAGCCAAGCUGUUCAUGUCAGUGCCUGUGGGAAUUGGCCAAGUCUACGGCUGUGACAACCCCUGGACAGGAGGAAUCUUCAUCAUCUCCCUCUUCAUCUCUUCCCCCAUCACCUGUGCUCAUGCUGUCCUGGGAUCUGCAGUGGGAAUGGUUUCAGGUCUGGCUCUGGCAGCUCCUUUUGGAGACAUUUACUUUGGCCUCUGGGGAUAUAACUGUGUGCUUGCCUGCAUCGCCAUUGGAGGAAUGUUUUACGCUCUCACCUGGCAGGUGCACCUGCUUGCCAUCACAUGCGCUUUUUUCUGUGCAUACCUCGGCUCAGCCAUUGCCAACAUCAUGUCCAGGUUUGGUCUGCCAGCCUGCACCUGGCCUUUCUGUCUCUCUGCCCUCACUUUCCUCCUCUUAACCACGGGGACCAAUAGAAUCUUCAAACUCCCACUGGCCAAGGUAACUUACCCUGAGAAAAACCUGGGCUUCUUCUGGAAGAUGAAGAAGCAGGAGAAAAAGGAGAAGGCUGAGAAAGAGAGGAAAGAGCAGGAGGAACAGCAGAAAGCCAUUGAGGAAGAGGUGAUACUAAAUGAGAAAGAGCAGCUGAGGCUUGAGCUUGAGAGAAUGGAAGAAGGGAGAGGAGCAACUGAGGCAUCAGAGAGUAAAAAUGAUGAGACUCCUGGGGUGGAACAGCAGGACACAGGAGAGGAGGUAGAAAUCAGACAGAAUGAUCUAACUGAGGUCACUCCUGCUGAUUACGUUUAAUACUACAUUUCUGCAGAGUAAGAGAGAGAGAAGGGGAGAGAUGAUAACAUGCUAAUGGAACUUAAACGGUGAAUGUAAAUGAGUGUAUCUGUAAAUAUUCUUUCAGUAUGUUUAUACAGUAUAUUUUACUAUAAAAUAGUAACAGUGGCAGUUCCUUUGGAGUCCAAGUCAUGUUUUACUGGAGGAUUUUUUGUAGCACUAAUUUGUUCUGUAAGACCUUGUUUAUAUAUUAAAUGUAUAUUUUUCUAAAUAAAUAAAUAAUUAUUUUUAA